AUGGGUCGUCUAAUCAAGAAUCACUGGGCGCGCUUGAUUAUUUUGUCAGCUGCAGCCUGGCAAGUCGGUGCCUCGAUAGAAGGGUUCAUCUGGCCCAAAGUGUUCUGGGAUUUUAUCACAAAGAACCUCGACGGAGCCGUUGGCCCAAUACCAAUCCUACAAAUAAUCAACCUAGUCCUUGGAAUCGUUGCUCUGGCAUGGGAAUGGCCUCUGAAGCCGUUGGCCGGGACAUUACCUCAUCGGAGUAUUGAGCUACGUCUUCUGGUGUACCCGCUGAGUGCGCUGGCAUGUGCACUCAUGUAUCAGUCCGGGGAUGUUGCGGUGUAUUAUUUGAUUGGGAUGGGAAUCUACUUUUGGGCUUAUAGCGAAGGAGAGGUAGUCUGUCCAGUUCCAUGGACUUUACCGAAGAGGUCAAUGCUGCAACCGGCAAGAAUUUUGCUGGACAUAGACAUAGACAUAGACCGGAUCGCCGAUUCUCGCGCGAUGAAUGAGCACGGUAUUAUUGUUGACCACGACGACGACGUGGACAGAAAGAGAAGUUUCGAAGGUCGCUUGAAUCGAUUCUUGCAUCACACAGACACCAAACCAAUCCGACAACGAAGAAUAAUCACUCGUUCAGUUUCUUCAUCUUCGUCGCCUUCGUCGCCUUCCUCUCCAUCAGUCCCAGCUACAUCGCGAACCACCCCCUCACCACGCAAAUCGUACCGUCUACAAGAAGAUCAAUGCAACUUGACUCGCAAACCAAAACCCAGACGAAAGCGUAGUGACAACGACCCUCACAAUCAACCAUUGAGCCAAACACUCUACCCCUCUCGUCUCCGCGACACAAUCCCGCCGAACCUCAUCCUCCUCCUCGUCGGCGUAAACCCGGGCCUCCUGACGGGGUCAACGGGAUAUGCCUACGCUCAUCCUUCCAAUCUCUUCUGGAAACUCCUCCACUCGUCUGGAAUAACCCCGAUCCGCCACCCACCAAGCGACACCUACAAGCUGCCCGAACUUUACUCCAUCGGUAACACAAACAUAGUCGAGCGGCCCACGCGCGACGCCAGCAUGCUCAGCAAAGCCGAGAUGGAUGCGGGCGUGCCUGUGUUAGAAGCCAAGAUUGCACUUAAUAAGCCAGAAGCGGUUGCUCUAGUGGGCAAGAGUAUCUGGGAAAGUAUCUGGCGUGUUCGGCACGGCGGCAGGGCGAUUAAGAAAGAUGAAUUUCGGUAUGGAUGGCAAGACGAGAGUGAAAAUAUGGGUCGAUGUCCCGGCUGGGAGGCCGGUGCGAGGGUGUUUGUGGCUACGACUACCAGUGGACUGGCUGCUACGAUGAGUAUGCAGCAGAAACAGGAGGUGUGGAACGAAUUGGGGAGGUGGGUGCAGCAGAGGAGAAUGGAGAGGGAUAUAAAUAAAUCACACUAUUUCUGA